AACCCCCCACACCAUCAACACUCACGAGAACCCCCGAAGCGGCAGAACACACCAACGUUGUUGACUUGACAUCGGAGUUCCCUCCGUCUCCUUCGAUUCCGUCCCAAGAAACCGCAAGCAAAUGGCGACCGCGACCCCUGCUGCAAAGCUCGAGCUCAAGCCUCCUCCAUAUCCCCUGGAUGCGCUGGAACCACACAUGAGCGCCAACACCAUGUCGUAUCACUGGGGAAAGCACCACAGAUCUUACGUCGAUAACCUGAACAAGCAGAUCCUCGGGACGGAGCUGCAAGGGAAGUCCUUGGAGGACGUCAUAGUUCAGACGUACAAUAACGGCGACCUUCAUCCUGCGUUCAAUAAUGCUGCUCAGGUCUGGAACCACGACUUCUUUUGGGAUUCAAUGAAACCGGGCGGCGGAGGGAAGCCCUCUGGCGUACUCCUGAAGUUGAUCGAGAGAGAUUUCGGUUCCUUCGAGAAGUUCGCUGAAGAGUUCAGGGCAGCUGCCGCCACGCAGUUCGGUUCUGGCUGGGCUUGGCUUGCUUUUAAUCCCCGUCCAUCGGAUGGAAAGGAGCUUGUAGUGUUGAAGACUCCCAAUGCUGUGAAUCCCCUGGUUCUGGGCUACACGGCGCUCCUCACGAUUGACGUAUGGGAGCAUGCAUACUACCUUGACUAUCAGAACCGACGGCCUGAUUACAUAUCAAUCUUCAUGGAGAAGCUCGUUUCCUGGGACGCAGUUAGCGCUAAGCUUGAGGUUGCCAAGGCUCAAGCUGCUUAAAACGAGACGAGGAAGAAGAGAGAAAGGGUGGUACUGAAUCGAGUUAUGCUUUUCUACUGAAGAUGUUCAGAAGCACAAUAUUUUUCGUCUUCUUCUUCUUCCUGGUUUUUGCCCGAAUAAGGUCUCGUUAUGACGGACCAAAACUUGCCAUCCUUUCUUUGUUUUUUUUUUGGGUAAAGUGCCAUCCUUUCUUUGUUGCUGUGUGAAAUAUCCAAUAUAUUCCUGAGAUCUAUGUGGUGCCAUUGUCACGCCUCGAA